CAUGUAAACACCUUCGACCGAGUCGUGUCACGCCAAACCUCAUGUACCACACGCCCACCUCUAGGAAGGCUUGCGACAACAACAAUGCAGAGACGACGUCGGCAGAGGAAACCGCAGCGCAGCGCAGCUUUUUAACCUUAGCUGCCUUAACACUUUUUCUUGUCAUUCAAUCCCCAAACGCCGCUCACCUCGCACUUCUCGCUACACCUUUGCCAUAAUUUUUUGUUUCCAUUAGUUAUCGAAUAAAUAUUGGCCGCAACGCAAAAGGUGAAUCGCUGCGUACAAAAUAAAAGCUCUAAAUCACAUGUGAUCCACGCCGGCGGUGAUUCGCGUGAGCGUUGUGUGAGUGAGUGAGUGACCCAUUUUGGCUUGGCAUCGCCGGUUGCUGUGUUCUUGCUGCCUCCACAUCCAAGUUCUCACGCCCACGCCGCCGAACUGAGUGAUUCAAAAUCGUUGGCAGAUCGGGAUCGGGCUAAAAUGAGCAGCAUCACGUUUUUGUGCAGCAAGUCGGGCCACAACAUCAAGAACAACAGCAAUAAUAGUAGCAACAACGAUGUGCCAAAAGGGGCAAAAGCGAACUCAGCAUUUGCAGCCGCAUCCGCCGGUUUACUAACCAUCGCAAACCACCAGCAGCAACAGCUACAUCAGCAACCACAUCAGCAGCAGCAGCAACAACAACAGCAUCAUCUGCAGUCAAAGGUUAAGGCUAUAGCAGCCAAAACCAAUGGUCACAUCGAUGACCGUUCGGAUGUCACCGAGCAACUCUACGUGGAUCCGUAUGCCGACCUGGGCAAUGGCCUGCCCGGGGAUCUCAACUGCUGCCCGGCCUCGCCCACCACAGUGCCUGCUAAAGCAUCGUUGGAGUCGCCUCUGAAACGUUCUGGUAGGAGACAGCGAACCACAUCCAUUGGCAACCAGACCACCACCGCGAAUCCGUCCGAAUGCAUCAUACGCGCAAAUAACCGCACGAUCUACACGGCCGGACGACCGCCGUGGUACAAUUGUGCUGGGCAACAGGUGGAGCCCUUCGUCAUAGGAAUCUGCGGUGGUAGUGCCUCUGGCAAGACCACAGUGGCUGAGAAAAUCAUCGAAAGCCUAGACGUUCCAUGGGUAACACUGUUGUCCAUGGACUGUUUCUACAAGAUCCUUAAUGAGAAACAGCAUGAGCAGGCCCUGAUCAACGAAUAUAACUUCGAUCACCCGGAUGCCUUUGACAUCGAGCUGCUGCUGGACGUGCUCACCAAGCUGAAGGAGGGCCGCAAGGUGGAAGUUCCUGUCUACAAUUUCGUGACACAUGGCCGUGAGAGCCAAACGAAAACCAUGUACGGGGCCAAUGUGAUCAUCUUCGAGGGUAUUCUUACCUUCCAUAGUCCUGAAGUACUUGAAUUGCUAGACAUGAAGAUUUUUGUGGACACAGAUCCCGAUAUUCGUCUGGCCAGGCGGUUAAGAAGGGACAUCUCACAGCGCGGACGCGACCUAAAGGGCGUGCUGAAGCAAUACCUAAAUAUGGUUAAGCCCUCCUAUUGCAAUUACAUAGCUCCAACAAUGGCCCAUGCAGAUAUCAUUGUUCCUCGUGGAGGCGACAACAAGGUGGCCAUCCAUCUCAUUGUGCAGCACGUGCACACACAGCUCCAACUGCGCGGAUUCAAGCUGCGCGAAACUCUGGCCAACUCCUACAAGGACCAGCCAAUGCCACAUUCUCUGCACUUGUUGCAUCCCACGCCCCAGAUUAAGGGUCUGCACACGUUUAUCCGUUGCCGAAAUACGUCCCGCGAUGAGUUUAUCUUUUACUCAAAGCGCCUGAUACGACUAGUCAUUGAAUAUGCGCUAAGUCUAUUUCCCUUUAAGAAAACCACAGUGGAGACUCCACAAGGUGUCCUUUACGAGGGCAAGCGUAUGGAAUCGCGCAAGAUAUGCGGCGUCUCAAUUCUCCGAGCUGGUGAAACCAUGGAGCAAGCCGUUUGUGAUGUGUGCAAGGACAUUCGCAUUGGAAAGAUCCUCAUCCAGACCAAUCUUAAGACCGGCGAGCCGGAGCUUUACUAUCUGAGGCUGCCUAAAGACAUAAAAGACUACAAGGUGAUACUAAUGGAUGCCACCGUGGCCACAGGAGCAGCGGCCAUGAUGGCCAUUCGGGUGCUGCUGGAUCACGAUGUACCCGAGGAAAACAUUAUCUUGGCCUCGCUUUUGAUGGCUGAGAUCGGUGUGCACUCCAUUGCCUAUGCCUUCUCAAAGGUGAAAAUUGUUACUUCCGCUCUGGAUCCGGAGAUUAAUAGUAAGUUUUAUGUUAUACCCGGCAUUGGUAACUUUGGCGAUCGCUACUUUGGCACGGAACCCUCUGAUGAGUACUAAGGAGAUCUGGGCCAAUCCAUACCUAUAUGGAAUCAUCAAGUUUCUAAUGUAUCUUAGGUUAAGUUCAAUACGUUACUUAAAUUAUGAAUUUGGAA